AUGAUUGCCGGAAACAGCUUGAUGCGUCUCCCGCAAGAACCACUUGCGGUCAACAAUCCCUUGAUGGGAUUCACCACAUUUUCCGCGAAGUUUUUCGAAGUCAGAACUUGGCUAGGUGUGACUACGGAACCUGUGCGGCUCAGCACCUCGAUGGACUCAAGCCUGGACAGCUCGACAAUGUUAAGAUUCAACAAACGAGAAGAUGAACCCGCGGAACGGCCAACCACUGAUCAGCAAAAGCCGGAGAAGCAGAAGAAGAAGCUAAAGACGAAAGUCGAGAAGAAAAUGGAGAGUCAGAGCAGGCCACGGAGAAAUGCUACCAUUCCCGAUCACCCCCACGACAAAUCACUACAUGGGCCGAAGCGCACGAAAGAAGAUAGCAUGGCAUUCGACGGGUCACGGCACAAGAACAGGACGUCGGCUGAAGCAACUCAUAUGAUACAUGCUCCCAAUCAAGCUGAUCAUACACACUCGAUCUCAACUCACGAUUCACAAAGCAAGCUGAAUUUAGGAAAUCUUACUAGACUUGAUUUGAAGAAGACUAAAGACGGACGCCGGAAGAAGCCAUUCGGUUACGACCUGACCAACUCCAAGAACAGGAAUCAAACCAUGAAUGGAUCAACUCACAAGUCUUCCCGUCCUACGAGCCAGCCGAAGCACAUGAUUCAGGCGUCGAGUGAAGAUGAAAAGGCCAACCGGACAACUUCCUCCCACAAACCUGCGCCACAGAACUCUGAACUCAAGCCCAAGAAGAAGAAAAACGGACAAGGCGUGAUGAAGAACCAAUCGAAGAACCAGAACUCCACGUCAUUCGACCCCGAAAUCCACUCUUCAAGAAAAUCGAAACACACGGCGGAAACUUCGAACAAAGGCGCAAGUUCGCGAAACAUGACGACCAACAGGACGGGCAAGGACAAAGGGUCAAAGAAAAAGAUGACCAUGAAGAAAGGUAAAGCUCACAACUUGACUUCUCCGUCUAACUCUUCUUCUAGAAUUGUUCCAGGUCCCAGCGCGCCGGUCAGGAACGAAACACAGGUUCCAACGCCUGUUUCUCAAGCACCCAUCGAGACUCCUUCGCCGUCGCCAACGACUUCCGAGGCCACUACCGAGGCCACCCCCACAGCAACUCCCACCGCUACUCCCGAAUCCGCUUCCAGAGCUGCUCCAGACGGAGCCGCUCCCGGAAUUACUCCAGGAGCCACUCCGGAAGCCACUCCAGACCAAAGUCCGCAAGAUGGACCAGCAAGAAACGACGGGAUGCCGACGAGUAGCAAGAACGAUACAAUGGAUCAAGACACCCAAGCCGAGAAACCGAAAACAAGCCAGGCUUCGCCGGAUCCUAUGACAAGCUGGAUCAUCACGUUCAAAAUGAACGCCACGGAGGGGGCGAUCAUCAAGUACAACUACUCGCCAGUUCUGAAAGGUCUUGCUGCCUCGGUACCUGAUCGUAGCUUUACGGCACUCUCGAAAGACCCGAACAUCGAUUCAUUUGACCCGGAUACGGUCAUGAGCGCGCAACCGAACUUGGACGGGGGCGCAGUAAUGGGUGAUUCCGACGUGGUGUCUGAAGACGGUUAA